AAAUAAAAAUAAAACACUUAUAUCUAUAAAAAAAGAGAUAGAUUAGACAAACGGUGUACGAUAAGAAUUUCUAUUAAUACAUAAAUCUAAGAUAUUCACCUAAAUAUAUAUCAAUCUACUCUAUGGAAACAAAAAUGGUUAUUCUGAGAAAUAUUAUUCUCUUUUCGUGUUUUUUAGGGCUACUUGCGAAGGAGAGUCCUAAAAAUAAUAGGCCAUCGAAAUUGGGAAACAGAAUCAAUGAUGAAUUUAAUCCAGAUAAUAUAUCAGUUUCCGUAUCAACCGAUUACAUUAGUGAUAUAAAUCUCAGCGCCCUCUCAUAUACCAACAGCCCAGACGAAUAUCUUGAACUAUAUUUUAAAGUAGCACAAACUGUUAAUAUUUCCGGUUUACCAACACAAGAAGGUUUGAACUUAGAAAUAACUAAAAGAGAAAGUCCCUACGAUAAGACACCUUUUACUAAUAGAAAUUAUACAAGUGUUCAGUCUACCGGAUCUGAAUCAGUAAGCAUUACUCUAAACGUCUAUGAAUCAUUGAAUAGAAACGUAGAUUUUUCGGAUUUGACUAUUAGUUCUACAAUUGAAUACAACGUAACUAUAUUAACAGAGACAAUCAUCUCCUGGAAUGACGAGACCAAUUUUAAUACCGCAACUCUUUUAAACGAAGAUACCAGAAUUUCUUUACAAGAUGACGCCAUGAUAAACUUAGCUUCUCAUGAAGGCCAAGAUUUGAGUCAGUGCGACAAUCAACGUUGUUCCUCGACCACUUUCAAUAGUAAAGUUAUGGACGGUUUUGAUUUGAACGAUGGUAUAGAAGUGUUCAGAAUUACAACAGUAUCACCGAAAUUAUUUAGUGAAAGGAAAACUGUAGAUAAAAAUAAUACUUACCAUAUGGUAAAUUCUGUAUUAAUUUCUUAUUUUAUACAAAUUGGCAAAGUCUUUUAAUGAUAAUGGAAAUAUUUCUAGAAUAAAUGAUAUUUUUUAUGAAA